AUGGAAGACGACGACAUUGUCAUGGGGGAGUCGCGAACGCUCCCCUCGUUGCCAUCUCAACCAUUGGACUCCGGUCCUCAUGAUAUCGCGGAUCCGACGAGUCUCGCGCCGUCCCCUAUUCCGACCUUCCCUAACCGCACUUCUUCUCCAGGCAAUAUGCCUAUUCCAUCUCGCGAGGAUUCAUCUAUCCCAGGCACUGGAGCUUCUGAAAUCCCGAUCAAACAGAGUGAAUCAGAUACCACAUCUGCUGACGUUUUGAAGCGUGACAGUCUUGUUGAGACUAAUUCGGACUGGUCCGAUGAUGACAUGAUUGGGCAGCCUGGUCUUCCACUCGCGUCACUGCCAACAGGUCUUUGUUAUGAUAUUCGCAUGCGGUACCACUGUGAAGUCCAACCUACUGCGGACGUCCACCCGGAAGAUCCCCGACGGAUCUACUACAUCUACAAGGAGCUCUGCAAAGCUGGAUUGGUAGACGAUCCAGAAUCAUGCCGACCCCUGGUUUCACGGCCUCUUCAGCGCAUCGAGGCACGCAACGCCACAGAAGAGGAAAUUGUUCAUAUCCAUUCCAACGCCCACUUUGUCUUCGUGCGCUCCACCCAAGAUAUGGGAAAUGAAGAGCUUCUCGACCUGGAAAGAAACCGCGACUCAAUCUAUUUCAACAACCUCACUUUCCAGGCAGCACUGUUGUCGGCGGGUGGUGCCAUUGAGACUUGCCUGGCCGUUGCGCAGCGCAAAGUAAAGAACGCGAUCGCGGUAAUUCGUCCGCCCGGUCAUCACGCAGAACAUGACACGGCUAUGGGAUUCUGCCUUUUCAAUAAUGUACCGGUCGCGGCGCGCGUCUGCCAGAACAGACUCGGCGAUCAGUGCCGGAAGAUUUUGAUCCUGGACUGGGAUGUUCAUCACGGCAACGGCAUCCAGAAGGCAUUCUACGACGAUCCCAAUGUACUCUACAUUUCGAUCCAUGUCCACCAGGACGGGAAGUUCUACCCCGGGGGCCCAGCGGGUGAUUGGGACCAUUGUGGCGAGGGAGCAGGCGAAGGGAGGAAUAUCAAUAUCCCUUGGCCUGACCAGGGAAUGGGUGACGGCGACUACAUGCUCGCCUUCCAGCAAAUUGUGAUGCCCAUUGCCCAAGAGUUUGACCCGGACCUGGUUAUCAUCUCGGCUGGAUUCGACGCUGCUGCCGGCGAUGUGCUGGGGGGUUGUUUUGUCUCGCCUGCUUGUUACGGCCAAAUGACGAGUAUGCUAAUGACCCUAGCCAACGGAAAAUUGGCUGUUUGCCUGGAGGGAGGUUACAAUUUCCGGUCGAUUUCGAAGUCGGCAUUGGCCGUAACCAAAGUUUUGAUGGGCGAACCUCCCGACCGCUUGAUAGCGAGAGAGCCUACAGCUCUCGCAACAGACACCGUUCGUCGAGUCAUGUCGAUUCAAGCACCCUACUGGCUUUGCAUGUUCCCCAAGCCGGCCAAACAUGUUGCAUGGGGUCAGCGACUUCACGACAUUCUCCGCCACCACCAAGCGAGUCAGAUGUACGAGGAGUUCAACAUGACUCCUCUCUAUGUCUACCGCACGGCCAUUUCGCAGUCUUUUAAGAAUCAAGUGUUGGCCAGCCCCAACUAUUACCAACAUGUGCCUCUUGUGGUCAUUUUCCACGAUCCGCCUGAAGUUAUGGGACAAAUCCAUCCGACCACGAACAGACUCGACGCUCACAACGUUUGGGUCGCUGACACCCAAAGGGAGUACGCAAAGUGGUUCAUGAACAAUGGCUACGCCGUGAUCGACGUCAACAUUCCAAAGCACAUCACUCGAGAACCGAUGACCGGCAGGUACGAAGACGAGGAUGAGAACCGACCCACGGCGACCGAAGAGCUGGCAAGUUAUCUGUGGGACAACUACAUCGAGCCUAAUGCCGGCGAGAAAGAUCGAAAGAUUUUCUUUAUCGGAGUUGGCAAUGCGUUCUACGGCGUCGCCAAUCUCUUGAUCAACCGAGAGAACCUCUACAAGAAGGUUGCCGGCAUUGUUUCCUUUGUGGCAGAGAACCCUGUUCGGGCGGUCGCCUCCCCGACGCAAGUGUGGCUUUCCAAGUGGUAUCGCGAAUGCUCGCUUGUCUUUGUGUCCCCUUCGCACGGUGUCUGGGGCAACCCUGAUCGCAAACCAUCCAAGCGAUAUGGCACGCUACGCAAAUCCGGAUGCACUCAGCUGAGCGAAAUGCUCUCCGACCACAAGCAGGAAGUGUUCGAGUGGAUUGCUGAGCGAACUCCCGACGAAGUGUCUGAGGAGGAGAAUGACGAGGAGGAAGAAGAGGAGAAGAAUUAG